AAUCAUCUCUUCAACUAUCAAUUUCUCUCUCAACAUCAUUUCCAAGAAAACUUCCUUUUUCAAAAUAAACAUAUUCCAUUUUUUCAUCAUCAUGACAACAACAUACGAAAGAGAUCUUGAUCAUCUAGAUGCCACAGAGCUAAGAUUAGGGUUACCUGGAACAAACGAGAGAGAAAAACAAUCACCUCCUUCAUCAUGUUCUAGGGGCACCAAAAGGGUUUCUUCUGAAAUGACAAUGGAUCAUGAAUCAAUUACAUGUCUUCCUCCUCCUUCAAAGACUCAGAUUGUGGGGUGGCCACCAAUAAGAUCAUAUAGAAAAAACAUGUUACAAACAAGAAAUGAAUUAGAGACAGGGAUGUUUGUCAAAGUUAGCAUGGAUGGAGCUCCAUAUUUAAGAAAGAUUGAUUUGAAAACUUAUAAAGCUGGUUAUUCAGAUCUUCUUAAGGCUUUGGGAGUUAUGUUCAAGUGCAAUACUAUUGGAUAUGAGAUUGGAUCUGAAUAUGCACCUACUUAUGAAGAUAAAGAUGGGGAUUGGAUGUUGGUUGGAGAUGUACCAUGGGAGAUGUUUAUUACAUCUUGUAAGAGGUUGAGAAUUAUGAGGGGUUCAGAAGCCAAAGGAUUUAUUAUCUGUUUAUAGUAUUUAUAUAAAUUAAUUAAUUAACCAUAUUAUAUUUUAUGUUUGUUUAAUUUGUUUGUCCAUCAUUAAACAAAUGUAGUACACUUGUUGGUGAAUAUAGAAUGGCUAAAAUUUUGUUC